UUGUCCCACACCAUCGCCUCCGUUCCGAGUUUCUCUGUAUCCAUUCAUCAAUUCCUGUGCUCUGACUGCUGCGUGGAAUACAAUGACUGAACAAACGCCAUACGCGGCUGCUGCCCGAGUGCCUCUCAUCAAGUCACCAAGUCUCCGAGUACCGCAAGCGAUCCAGCUGCCACCAGAUAUCCACCCGUUGCCCGACUCCGUAACAGCCUACUUUGUCUACCCAUUCACUUUAGAGGCUCAAGUUAUCGCCGCGGAGAGCGCGCGGCGUGGGAGCCUUGCCGCCGACGCUGCCCGUCACGAACGGUACCUCCGAGACCGAGAGGACGAGAAGCUGCGUCGGAGGAAGGAAGCGCUCAGGCGUGUCGCGCCUGGAUUCGACCCCGAUGCUGUCUUGGUCCCGACGAAGACAGGGCAGACUCAGGGCACUUCGACUCUGCGGGAGUCGUCGGCACCGACUGGUCACCAACGGUCACGGUCCGUAAUGGACGACCUCGUAGAUCAACUGGCCCAAAUGGAGGCAUCGAGUGGGAAGACUGGGGACUCCUGAGGGAUUUCUCCGAGAGAUGCGGAUGGAUUGUUUCUCGGGCAUCGUUCCUACGUACGUCCCGACAUGGUUGCCUGGGAUUUCUGGAUAUCAAUGGUCACUUCGGUUUAGCUGAAGGAUCUCGG